AAAUCCUGCUUCACCAUGAACAUGUCACUUACUGUUCGUUCGUCUAUUACUCAACACCACGCAAUCGAAUCACUUUUCCUUUAUCAUGAAGAGGCCCUCACUGCCGAUGCUUUCGGUCCUAUGCUUAGGCGCCACCUCCUUAGCCGUCGUCCCAAGCGCAGCUCAGGUAGGAGCUGAUCCGAUUCCUCGAUGUGGGGAUUGCUGGUGCAUUCCAGAAGGCGGGACGGAAGACGGAACCUGUCCUACUUUUGAAGGAAUUUGGCAAAGCUUUCCGGCAGCCUGGAUUGAUUCCUUUACAUCUUUCGAACUCCUCGCCUCGUCUCCACCUUUGACGCUGGUCGCAGAAGGCACCGAUAGCGCCGACUGUUACCCUUUUGCCGACUCCGUCGGAGCUCGUCCACAAAAUAACUAUCCCGAAUCGGAAGCACCCCAAUGUAAGCUUUUGUCCUCUCUAUCGGAAGACGCCACUACCACUGCGGUGUGCGGCUACAAAUACGCUGACGAGGCUGCCUCCUGUCGCGGACGCACGUACGAGAUUGUGUCCUACGAAUCCGCCGUCGCUGCCGAAACAGAUUUCGCGGUGGUCGUUCAUUCUGGCCAGUGUGGAGUGUGUAGCAACGCAGUCGACUUGGCCGUUCGCAUGAACACCAUAGAUAGUAUUGCCGAUAUUACGGCUGCCUGUGCAGCCAGCUAUUUUGUGAGUACAACAGCCGGUGCUCGCUUUGGGGAAUUGACUGAUUGUAUCCAAAACGCAGGUUUUACAACACCCUGCGCUACACUGUGGGCUCACUUUGCCGCUACCAACGCCGCUGUUUGCUCUCUCGCCUGCGUAUCUGCGGACAACGAACAGAACUUUAACGGCCCACCGCCAAUGUGCGAGUUAAGCGAAUGUCUUGCAUGUAGCAACACUCUGUUCGAGGAUGAUUUGAACCGGUUGGCUGGAGUAUACAAGUCCCCUUGGAACGCUGGCUUUGCCGAUGCUGUUGCCACACCUUGCUCCGCCUUUACUCGCAUAGCGGACCUUGAUCCCUGCCAGGGACUGGCACCCACAAUCAGUCCAGCUCCAUCAGCUAUGCCUCUGGUUCCCACGCCGACAUCCGGCACCCGCGUGAUUUUGAACGACUUUGCCUUGGUGCCCAUCUUCGCCUGGCUAACAUGGCGACAUUUGUAUGUUUAG